AAUUUGGCUUGUUAUUUACCUGCUCGGUCUCGAUCGGUCGCCUCCUCUCUCUCCCUGUGGCCGUGUGGGAAGGGGAAGGGAACCAUACCAAGACGGUGGCGGAGUCCGACGCCAACGCCAACGCCAACGCCUUCCCCCUCUUCCGCCGAGCGGCUGCUCCGUCGUUUUCCUUCCUGACAUCGACCAACGGAUUGCCGCCGACUCCGACAAUCGUAGACUGUCCCCCGCGGAUCGAUCGAUUCGAGAUUCCAUGGCCGGCUGGACCAAUUCCACCGGCAGCGGCAGCGGCAGCGGCGGCGGUCGAGGAUCAGGAGGAAGAGGCUUCAUGAACCUCCACUAUAAUAAUGACAUGUUCCAUGAUAGUACCAACGCCGGCGGUGGCAGGGGCAGGUUUAUAGGAGGUCGGUCAAGAGGGAGGCCGCCCCAGCAGCAUCACUAUCGCUUCCGCCGUGUCGAUGCUGUCCAUCGCGACUCCCCGCCCGCCUCCCUAUCAGACCAGCAAGCGGCAUCCUCCAAUUCCAGCCGCCACGCGCGGCUAACUCAUCCCAUCUCAACCGCGGACAAGUCUUCCACCUCUGGGACCGCGGCUCCUCCAAGCAACAGGGAGCCCGACGACAAGGCUAUCCGCAAUGCCGCCAACUUCGAGUGUAACGUCUGCUUUGACAUUGCAGCUGAACCUGUCGUCACCAAGUGCGGCCAUCUCUUCUGCUGGGAGUGCCUCUAUCAGUGGCUCCAUGUCCACUCUCACCACCGUGAGUGCCCUGUCUGCAAGGGCCAGGUAGCCGAUGAUGCUAUCAUACCCAUCUAUGGUCGUGGUGGCUCCGCCGCCUCGGUGAACAAUGCGCCACCAAGGCCAACUGGAGCCAGAGUAGAGAGCUCCAGGCAGCAGCAGCCAACUCUCCGUCCGUUUGAGUUCCCAAGCCUGAAUAUGAACCCGAGAAUGACCUCAUUAAGAGAGGCUUUCUUGAGCCUCAUGACUAACAGCAUUGUAGACGUGGAGAUGGACAAUUCUGAUGCCAUGACCUAUUUUGAUGACGGUGAAUUCUACCCAGGGGUCAAUGAAUUGGACAUGGAGGUGGAUCGAUAUGGUGACCCCGAUGAUGAUGAGGUUUAUGAAUACGACUACCAUUUUGGGGGUGUUCCGUUAUUUGGGUCUGCUGGGACUGAGGCCAGCAAUCCCAGUUCUUCACAGGCACAUGCUGAUAUGAUCAAUAUUAGAGACUACACUGUUAGCACUACCACCGGCGGUUAUCAUCAUCAAGAGUUUGGCUACUCUGGCACGAGACCUAAUUAUAAUAGGGGACGGCGUGGUCGCCGUAACCGCUCAAGGGCGUCAACAGAUCACCUUUUGAGCGCUGAUGAGAUGAUGGUGAUGCCGGGCAGCAGUGGUUUUGUACAUAAUAAUAAUGGCAGCAGUUCUAAUGUUAGUGCAGGCGCUGCUUUUCAGCCUAAUCAUGGCUGGACUGAGAGAAGAGGAAGAAGCAACAGGAACUCGAAUUCAGGUGGUGGAAGAGGAGGGAUGCAGGAUCGCAGGAGACAGAGGACACAUUACAAUUGAUAGUGAUGUUGGGACAUGCUUGGCAAUAGCAUUGAUGAGAUAAACAAACUUGUUAAUCUGUCAUCUUCCUUUUUUUUUCGUUGUUUGUCUUAAUCCUUUUGUAGUCCGUGGCUAUAAACAUGUUGUUCAUCUUUUUCUCGCCUUUUAACCCAGAAAUGCUUUGCUUGGAUAAUGUUGCUACUUUUUAGUACCAUCAUCUAUAUAUCUGUUAAUAAGGCAUUGGACA